AUGGCCACGGAUUUGCAAUCCCUGGUGAUGGCCGAACCGUCUCCCGCCCUAUCCAAAACUUCUAGCUCGAAGGCGAGAUCAAGAUCUCGCCCAGCACGGCGCCGCCGAGACUCCUCCCCCUCUACAACUGGUCUACCAACUCCCGCCUUCUCUCCAGACGGACCAAGUGAUAUUGAUCUGGAUGACGACAUCAUCGAAGGGAAUACUCUCUCCCCGUUUGAUGCUCGACGAAUUACCCCCACCCUCCAUGCAUCGCUCGUCUCGGAAAUCCUUUCCCUUCGUCGCGAUAUCGAAGAUAGGGACAAGACGAUUGAUUCAUUAGAGCUAAGCCUCGAUGAAUCUCGGAAUGAAAAUGAGGCGCUCAGCGAGGACCUGUCUCAAUCCACUCGCGAGGCGCGGUCUUUGACAAAUCAGCUGCGGCUAUUAGAGGGUGGUUCGUCGUCUGCAAUAACAGAGCUUGCUCGUGAGCGGGACGAAGCCGUUUCGAACAUCACCGAUGUCCGGAAGAGACUAGAAUCUGCACAGAAGAAAGUGCGGAAUCGCGAGGAGGAAAUUGAUCGAACUCAGAUGCUGUGGGAUGGUGAUCGUGAGGCAUGGGAAAACGAGCGACGCAAUUGGGAGCGGAAAGUUCAUGUGGUGGAAGGCCGCCUCAAGGCCGUGCUGAACCAAGUGGCCGCCGCUCAGGAAGCCAAAUCGCUCAACUCACAGCAUAGUGGUGAAAAUAAAGACACCUACAAGUAUAAGAGCAAAGGAAGUGAUAGCGCCAGCAUAGCUUCCAGCAGCCAGGAUCGCCGACGUACAAGUAUAACCAGUUUAACUUUGGAUGAUGGUGACACUGAAGCCAAAUUCGAUAAUGUCCGAUAUUCGGUGAUCAGCGUGGCAGCUGGCAAAGCUGACUCGGGCUUGAAUCUGGCCCAAGAAUUAGCAUUCGACGAGGAAGAGGAAGAAGAUGAGGAAGAUGAAUUUGACGAUGAGGAUACCCCCCUUUCACCAGAGAUGCCGAUGUCACCAGAGAUGUCGAUUUCACCAGAGAGGCCGAUUUCACCAGAGAUGCCGAUUUCACCAGAGAUGUCGAUGUCCCCAGAGAGGCCGAUUUCACCAGGGGCUCUUCCGGAGGAACGACCGAUUUCUAUGAUUUCUCAAAUAUCAUUUGCUCCUUCCUUGAAGGCCAGAAAAAUCCUGGGUCUUUCUUUCGAGCAGAUUGAGCCACCUAUAGCAGACUUCUCCAAGCUAGCGCAGUCUUCUGUUGUAUAUCGAGAUGCUGGAAUUCAGUACUCCCCUCCCUCGUCACCCGAAUUGCCAGCUGUGAGGGAAGUUAUCAACCUCGGUAAUCUGGACGAGAUGCCCAAGAUGAUGGACAGUUCAACGCUCACUUUAGGCGUCCAGAUGGUGUCCUCUUCUUGUCAGACUCUUGGUGGGCUUCCUAUUCCCCCUUGGAUACCAAUCCAUCAUCCUGUGGAAGAGUUUGCAAAGCCCGUUCAAAUGUCAUCCGUCUCGACCCAAACCGAACCUAUUCCGGUUCCAGAACCCGAAGAGGAGAGUGUCAUGACACCUGUUGAUAUUCCAAUGAUUGCAAUCCAUCCACCAGGUUCGGAGCCGUCCUCACCCAGAACCAGUAUCGUUCUUCCUCCACAAACGAAAAGCGUAUCAGUUCAAGCCAAUAUCACAACGGUUGUGGAGGGCCGGUCAAUUGCCAUUCAGACCGAGGAGAUUCACGUUGAUCGACGCCCCGUCAAACUCCCCGCCAGCCUUCUUCCUUCUGCAAUUCAAGAUCUACCGUUCAACACGGAACCCAAGGUUGAGAAUACCAACUUCCAGCCAUACCCGUCAUAUCCUCAGCCUGUACCGCCGCCACGCUCGGCAAAGAGAGACCGUCAACGAACUCUAGCAAGAACAGUAACAGCGACUGUCGAGUCUCCACGCACUCAACCGAAGAAUAUACAGGUAUACCCUGGCAAUAAUGAUAAUGGUCCACUCUCGGAUAAUAUCAAGUCUGGAAUCAGGCGACCACCUCGGUCUAGUAGUCUCUUUGCAGGAUUCAGCGAUGACGAGAGCCCCAAAGUUCAGGCGCAAGAGCGCGAAAUCUUCACAGAUGACGAUCUCCUCAAUCGACCUUUCGCAUCGUAUACCCUCCGUCGUGGCAAGAUGGUGAACAUCGAGUCGAAUCUCAAGCCCAAUUUCGAUGAGAUGCAUCUUCCCGAAAUUAACGAGCAGUCCGACACUGGUCAUGUCUCGUCUAAUGGGAUCAGACGAUCUCUCACAACUUCCCAUAGCGACCGACAAGCUGGAAUACGCAAGAUGACCAUGAUAUCCAGUGAUGCACAAGAGAUUCGUGUCCGGAGUCCAAGCGAUCCCAGCAUGAAAAGCAACAGUUCUGUCUCAACAAAGCCUCCAUACCCAGUUCCGACCCGUCUCAGCUCGCGUAAUAUCCCACUCAGUGGUAGUGACGAGCCUCUGACUCCAACGCGCCCAUCAAUCCGAAAUUUCACGGACCGAGGCGCUGUUACUCUGGUACGGAGACCGACUCUGCGUCGCGUGCAAUCAGCAGCUGCAAUGUCCCAGUCUGACAUCCCCGAGCGUCCGGAUACCCUCUCAUCUCCAGGAUCUUCGUUGUUGUUUGAUAGUCCUCUUAUCCUCCCACCCCAUAUCCCAUCUGACGAGAUCACUGCUCCUCGCGCCAACCUACCGAGACAGAAGUUACAGAAACGUCCAUCUCAGCGUCGACCGUCCACUAAUGUGGAGCGUGAGGAGCGUGAGCGGCAGGAUUCGAUGGGUGGCUUGCAGCCCACUAGCGUUGUUGACGCCAUUGCUCAAACAAUGGUGGGAGAGUGGAUGUUCAAGUACGUCCGCCGCCGCAAGUCCUUCGGUAUGGGUGAGUCGAAGGACAACUGGGAGGGUCGAAACCCAGAUGAGGUGUCGGCCAGCAUUACCAACAGUGGUGCGCGACACAAGCGAUGGGUCUGGCUCGCGCCAUAUGAGGGCUCAAUCAUGUGGAGUAGCAAGCAACCCACCAGUGGACCUGCUUUGCUAGGGAAGAGUGGUCGGAAAUUUACUAUCCAAUCAGUCUUGGAUGUCAAGGACGAUAACCCGAUGCCUAAAGGCUCCGGCUCUCCAGCCCCAUUCAACCGUUCCAUCCUAGUGCUCACGCCACAGCGUGCGCUCAAAUUCACAGCCAUGACGGUCGAACGACACUACGUCUGGUUGACGGCCCUAUCCUUCCUCAGUCAUUCGACCGUGGGUCUGCAUGAAUUAGCCUCAAUCCCACCAGCUCCGCAGGAAGAAGCCAAAACACCCACACCACCAAGAGCUGCUCUCCGCCGCAACCCUAUCCGCGACUCUAUCCGUGUGGCUAAAUAUCGACCCAAACCUCUACCCGGAGGCCGGAUGAUCGCACACAAGCCCGUCCCCGAGCUACCAACUAAGGAGCGGGAAAGUCUUGACAUGGCCGCAGUUGCACCACACGUCCCUCGCUUUUCAAAUCACACCCGCAAGCGCAGUCACACCUCACCGCGCCCACCUCUCCGCACCCUCCGCAGCUUUUCCAGCCAAGGCACAGUGCUCUCCUCGAACAGCGGUACGACGGUGGGCUCUGAUCCAUACUUCUCCUCUGCAAUUCCCCCAAUUAUACCAACCGGAUACGGCAGUGCCCCUAGUAGCAUCAGUCGCACCUCAGAAGCAAGCGCACGUACCUACAAUACAACCGGUACUAGUCGCACCUUCGAUAUAGGCACUGUGCGCAUGGAGGCCUUCAUUGAUCCCCAUACUGACACGAGUCGGCCGCGUCCAAGGCCAAGACAUAAACACAAGGCUUCUAGUCAGUGGAGUCAGCCUCGUUACGAGUAUGACGCACCUUCUGUCGUUGACAGUGAAAAUUCCUUUCGACCUGACGAUCCAUUCCGCGGCUUCUAA